AUGGAAUCCAAGGAAAUGUCUGCUGCCCACCACUGCCCCUCUGAUUGUGACAAAGAGGGUGAGACCAGAGCCCCGCAGGGCAUGGAGCCCGUCCCCAGGAGACCUGUCAGUCGCUCUCCAACCUGUGCCCGCUGCCGCAACCAUGGUGUCACUGCCCACCUCAAGGGCCACAAGCGGCUCUGCCUCUUCCAGACAUGCGAGUGUCACAAAUGUGUCCUCAUCUUGGAGCGCCGAAGGGUCAUGGCUGCCCAGGUGGCCUUGCGUAGGCAACAGGAGGCACAGCUAAAGAGGCACCUGGCUCAGGGCCUGAUGAAGAGAGGGGCAGCCCCUCCCAAAGCUCCCAACCGUGUCAAGAAGGGAGUCACUCGACCAGGAGCCCCCUCUGGAAAGGAAAACAUAGCACCCCAGCCUCAGACCCAUGGGGCAGUCCCACUGGCACUGACGCCCCCUGGGAAGAACUCCCGGGGGCCUCUGCUGCUCACCCGUACCCCAGAAGCCUUGCCUUUGCCCUGGACGCCGAUACCUCCAGGCUCUUGGGCCUCUGGACACUGGCUGCCUCCAGGCCUUUCUGUGCCACCCCCAGUGGUCUGCCGCUUGCUAUGUCAAGAACCUGCCAUCCCUCUACAUCCCUUCCCUGGCUUUGACCCUGGCACUUCCCUGCAGCUGCCCACUCACGGGCCCCUCCCGACCUACCCAGGAUCUCGCCCAAUACUGACAGCUCCUCUUUCCAGAGAAUCCCAAGGGCCCUCUCUCCUGCCCCGCACAUGCUCAACUCUGAUACUCCAGCCCUGUGGCACCCCAGACCCUCUUCUGCUGCAGCCACAGGCCCCUGGAGCCUCUCGCCUGACCUGGACCCCCGCCCCAUCAGAGCGGCAGCUGCAACGGGAGGCAGCUGAGGCUCUUGUGGGGCUGAAAGAUUCAUCCCAGACUCCACGCCUGACCCCUUCUGUGCCUCCCAACUCUGCCUGGAUCUCCCUGCUCCACCCCUGUGGCCCACCAGCUCCCCCUGGAGGAAGAGGAUUCCAGCCUGUUGGUCCCUCUCUGCGACCCAACCCAGGCCCCUCUGUGGCUCUGCACCUUGGGCGGCUGGGAUCCAUCUCCCUCCUAACCUAA